GCAUCCUGCUACACAUGCUAUCUGCUUGGACUCUCGACUCGAGUAUCCUACCAUUCAUGUACCAUAUAUCACCGGGCAUCGAUCAUCUGUGCAUAGACUCUGACUGUUCCCCAACAUGAGAUCUCAGUACCCGAUUUUGCCUGUUCACUCGCCUCCCCUAUCCCGGUCGCCAUCUCCAGGAUCAUCCACUCCACGCCAAGGACAUCUUGCUUUCGUAGAUGAGCGGUUCCCGAGCCUGAACUCGGAAGUAUCCCGUGGAUCCAUUGCAUCUCGCCAUACACGUAGAUCGACAGCAUCGACUAUCGACUCACAGCACGACAUCAAAACCGCUAUCAACUCGCCGGCGAAUCUCAGCCCCCGGCCCUCGGAAUUGAAGCUUUCUGAGCUGGACACGGAGAUCAACGCAGAGUCGAGCCCCGACGCUUUCAACAAAGAAGCUGGAUCGAGAGUAUCUGCGGGCGAUGGUGAAAUCUAUAUGAUCAGUGGUGGGAGGGGCAGUGUCAGGAAACGCAAGACAGUGGUCGAUCUCGGGAGAGGACUCGAAGACGUGAUCAUAAUUGAUUGGUUGACCGAUGAUCCAGAAAAUCCGAUCAACUGGACUUCAAGGCGGAAGUGGGCUAUCAUAUGGACAGUCCUCAUUCUCUCCUCUCUCACGGCUCUGAAUGUCACCUCAGUGGCUCCCAUGAGCCAUUUCGGACCCGCUUGGUUCGACACUUCUCGAGAGCUUUUCUUGCUCAGCUUGACAGUGACUAUGAUUGCGAUAUCCUUGACACCGAUGAUCUUGGCUCCGCUUAGCGAGGUGUAUGGUAGGAACUGGAUAUAUCAGAUCACUUCAGUCAUCACGGCUUUGCUGUUUAUUCCACAAGCGACAAGUCACUCAUUACCUGGGCUGCUCGUAGCGAGAUGGUUUCAAGGCAUGUCGUGUUCCGUAGGCAACUCGAUGGUGGGUGGCACCAUUGCCGAUCUCUUCCCAGCACACAGUCGUGGUUUCGUCAUGAACAUCUUUGCUAUGAUGAUCUUUAUCGGGCAGUCUGGUGGAGGAUUCAUAUUUGGCUGGGUAGGCAUGUAUGGGGGCAUUCCAUGGUGCUACGGCCUUCAAGGCAUCGCGGGGGCCUUAUCGAUCACUCUGAACGUUCUCUUCCUCCGCGAGACCAGAGCAGAUGUCCUCCUAUCGCGACGAGCAAAGCAGAUCACACAGGAGACUGGCAUCAGGCAUCUCUGUACUAGCGACUUGGAGAGAACCAGCUUGACUACCUUGAUGCGCGUGUCGCUCGUUCGACCCUUCCAGUUCCUGUUCACUGAACCCAUCGUGACUGCUUUAUCAAUCUGGGUUGGCUUCUCCUGGGCCUGCAUCUUCCUCGGCGGGACUUCAGCUCAGCUCAUCUUUGCACAAUACGGAUUCAACCCCGGUCAGCAAGGAUCCAUGCAGAUAUGUCUGCUCAUAGGGGGGAUCAUCGGUUUCUGCCUCAAUCUCCAUCAAGAUCAUCUCUAUAUCAAAUCAGCUCCUACAGAGGGAGGCAAACCACCUCCAGAAGCUCGAUUGUAUUACGCCGCUUGGGCCGGCCUUGCUUUCCCCCUUGGACUAUAUGUCUUUGCCUGGGUCGGUAAACCGUCUGUUCCAUGGCAAAUCCCAGCUUUGUUCUUGUGCCUGUCGGACAUUGGUAUCUACGUCAUGUAUGCUGGAAUCUAUAAUUAUCUUGCGGAUGCCUACGAGACCUACAGCUCUUCGGCCCAAGCUGCACAAUGUUUCGCGAGGAACAUCUUGUCAGCUGUCUUCCCACUCUUUGCAAAGCAGCUCUACAAAGGCAUGGGAUAUUCUCAGGCGUCGACGCUCGUGGCAUCAGUAGCUUUGGCUCUACAAGUCGCUCCAAUAUUAAUACUCUGCUACGGAGAACGGCUGAGAGCUAGGAGUAAGGUUGCCAGCGCUCUUGCAAGAACGUAACCUUUGCAUCCACCUUAGAUGUCUUUGGUAUUCAUAGUUGUAUUGUAUUUCAGCCAUGAAACGUACGAUGCCUCUACGCAG